UUGUUUCCUGGAGUCCCUUGUGACUCAUCAUCAUUGUAAGGGUCAUCCUGAAACACACCCCUCUCCUGAUGUGCUCUUGGUACAAUCCAAAGAGUUUCAGGUUAAGAAGCUGAGGGGAUCUUUGUUUGCAGGAGUCCGUUUGGAGUUUGAUGUGCCUCGGAGCAGGACCCAUGUCAGCUAGAUACCUCGAGGAAAGGGAGAUACAUCCUUAACCCAUACUAGGAAGGAAGAGGAAAGAAACUGCUGUACAAAAGAAGUGUUCCAUACAGAAAAGAUAUGUCUUCAUCAGUUCAACUCUUCAGAGAUCAGAAGUACCACGAGCUGAAAAGGCAGUGUAUCCAGCAGAGACGGCUCUUCGAAGAUCCUGAAUUUCCAGCCUCAGAUGAGUCCCUUUUCUAUCAAAAAGCCCCACGAGGGAAAGUUGAAUGGAAGCGCCCAAAGGAUCUCUGUCAAGACCCUUAUCUGUUUGUAAAUGGAAUCAGCUCUCACGACUUGCACCAAGGCAGCUUGGGGAACUGCUGGUUUGUGGCUGCAUGCUCCUGUUUGGCACUGAGGAAGGCGCUCUGGCAGCAGGUGAUUCCAGACUUUCAAGAACAAGAAUGGGACCCUAAAACACCAGAGAAAUAUGCUGGAAUUUUCCGUUUCCGUUUCUGGUGCUUUGGAAUAUGGACAGAGGUGGUUAUUGAUGAUCUGCUGCCAACAAUUGAUGGGACAUUGAUCUACUGCCAUUCCAAUGUGGAAAAUGAAUUCUGGAGCGCAUUAUUGGAGAAAGCUUAUGCAAAGUUGGCUGGAUCUUAUGAAGCCCUGGAUGGAGGUAGUGCUGCAGAUGCAAUAGUGGAUUUUACUGGAGCAGUGGCAGAAUCUAUUGAUUUGGUACAGGGAAAAUACAGUGAGACUAUUUCAGAGCAGAUGAAGCUGUUUGAAGAUUUGCUGAAAGUGCAUAAAAGAGGCGGGCUGAUCAGCUGUUUCAUCGCGUCUUCCUCUGGAAGAGCCAAUGAGGUGGAGGCAAAGACAGGUCUUGUCGCUGGUCAUGCCUACUCAGUGACUGCAAUUCGGAAGCUGCACCUUGGAGAAAGCCUGACAUUCUCUUUUAACACAGAAAAGCUCUUCAUGGUCAGGCUGAGGAAUCCCUGGGGAAAUAGAGAGUGGAAUGGUGCCUGGAGUGACAAUUCUGAAGAGUGGAAGAAAGUCAGCAAUGCGGAGCGUAAACGUCUGGGACUCACUGUUGAGAAUGAUGGAGAGUUCUGGAUGACUUUUGAGGACUGGUGUAAGAAUUUCACUGAUGUGGACAUCUGCCGGAUUGUAAAUACCUCCUACUUCAGUAUCCACAAGACCUGGGAGACAAAAAUGCUGCAUGGGGCUUGGGCAAAGAAUUCAGAGCCCCUGCUAAAUCGCUGUGGCGGAUGCUUUGAUAACACAGAGACCUUCCUUCAGAAUCCCCAGUACAUCUUUGAUGUUAAGAAGACAGAAGACAAAGUGUUGAUCUCAUUACAACAGGAGGAUCAGCGCAGGAGCAAAAAAGUAGGGAAAGGAGACAACAUCAUCAUUGGUUUUGAAAUCUUCAAGGUAGAAGAUAACAGAAGCUAUCGACUACACAAGCUGACUGUGCAGGAGAGAGUAGCCACAUCUCCAUACAUCAAUACACGCAAUGUGUUCUUGAAGAAGACCCUUAAGCAAGGCCGUUACAUCCUUAUCCCAACUACAUAUCUUCCUGGCAUUACUACAGAUUUUAUCCUGAGACUCUUCACUGAUGUGCCGUCAAAGCUCAGAGAGCUGACAGCAGAUAAGCCUGAAAUGACAUGUUGGAGUCUUCUUUGUGGCUAUCCACGCAGAAUCACCCAAAUCAAAAUCCACUCUGCAGAAGGCUUACAGGAGCAAGAUGGAUCAGGUGGAGCAGAUCCCUAUGUGCUCAUCAAGUGUGAGAACCAAAAGGUGCGCUCCCCUGUACAACACAAUACUACCAGGGCGACUUUCGACACACGAGUCAUCUUCUACAGGAAGAACAUUGACAGUCCCAUCAUUGUCCAGGUCUGGAACAGCAACAUCUUGUGUGACCAGUUCCUUGGACAGGCGCUGCUGGCAGCUUCACCCAGUGACCCCAGAGAACAGCAGACUCUGCAACUUCGAGGGAGGGGCAGCCAAGAAGCCGAGGAGGUGCCAGGUCACAUCACCGUCAAGGUUUUUUCCAGUGAUGACCUCGUAGAGCUAUGAAUACCAAAGCCCUGCAGAGCCAGACAGAGCUGUCACCUCGCAGCAGGAGGGCUUGUCUGUGCUUUCUGUGUGAAUGACUUGUAAGCAAAGGUUUCAUGUACAUACUCACAAUUGCUUUAAAAAGAAAAAGCUCUCUAAAGCUCUCCAUUAUUUUCGAUAAUGGGGAGGGAGACUUUUAAAGGGAAAAAAAAUGCAUAUAUAUAUAUGUUCAUCAUACAGCAAGCAGUAGAAAAGGUGCCAAACUAACGGUCAGCAGAUGAGCUCAUUAAGACAUGAGCUCAUAGCCAUCUCCCCCAGCAGCAUCCUUCAGUAGCUCGUGACAUGUAAGCUGGAAGCAGACAUGACUGUUCUCACAGAUCAUUACACGUUCCCAGCAGGCAGGUGGGAAUAGCUGUAUCUCCACAGCCGCAUGCCAGCAGGCUGGCACGCUGGCAAGGACAAGAUGGACUCACAUGCCUGAUGUCCUUGUUCACUGCUAGACUCCCCUUGGGAGGGGGAGUUUUUUGAGCUUUGAUUGGAAUUUUUUUCCCUAAUACUGAUUUUUUUUAAAUUAAUUUCACUCUUAUUGAUAAAGAUAUUUCUGUUCCUUGGCUAAAACUCGAGGAUUUCAGUAGUAGGACGUAAGACCAGACGUGCCAUGGCAACAUUAAAAUAGAGGGGCACGUCUUGGAGUGAUAGCUUUCCCUGCAUAAAGGCUCUCUUUGUAUUUUCCUGUUGUCCACCCCAAGCUGACUCACAAGUUGAUAUCUUUGGCCAAGAGAUGGGCAUCUCACAGUUCAGCUGUGGCUUUGCCUGGAGGACAAACUCAAUUAUGGAAGCCACCUCCCUAAGGAGGUUUUGAUUAAUCUACUUUAUGCUAGAAUGAAAGAAUGCUCCCUUUGCCUCAUUAGGUGUGAUGAGCAACACCAGAAUGAAAGAGGAGAAAAUUAGUUUAUGACAGGAAUGGGUCUGUAAAACAAAGAUGCCAUGACAUAGUAGGUACCAGGUUUUUUCUUUGGAAAUUUUGCAUUGGUUUAUUGCUGAUAGAGCUCACAUCUUUGAGAAACUUUAACUUGGGUAUGAUGGAGGUCAAGUAUUGUUCAUAUUUUCCUUACAGCAAGGUUCCUUGUACAAACUUCCUUUUAACUUCUGCAUAUAGCCUGUCAGUAGGGCUCCUUCAUAGCAGACAUUUUGAAUUGUCAAGCUAUGCAGUGAUUCUGGCAGUGUAAAAGAGGCUUACUGUGUCAGACAUCUCAGAAAUGGAUUUUGUAUGGUUGCAAAUUAUGGUCUUGAAAGUGAAGCUAAAGGCUUACUAUUCUGCCUUCUGUACAGCCAGGAAGCUUCUAUUUCUGUGUACCUCAUAACUACUUCAGCCAUUUUGUGCAAUGUUUAUAACUUAUAAAAUGGCCCUUGGUGGAGUUAAUGUUUUCAAAAAAGGUUUGUAAGUAAGUCUGCUUGGGGCAUCCAAAAGGAUCAAUGCUGUGGGAGGAAAAAGAUUUGUCUGACAUGUUAGGGCUGGAAUAUAAAGCUAUGAAGGAUGUUAUGCUGCCAUCAGCUUAGCUGCUGUACCAAGUACCUAAAUCCAACUAUUUUUAAAAUAGCUUGGGCUCAAGCCAUUUUGCACGCAGAGCAUUUGUCAGAUGUGAGCUGCACCCAGAGGCAAGUAUAACUUCUCUGUAAACUCAUGGCUUUGGAGUUGCUUAUUCUCAGACAUGACUGUAAGGUGCAUUUCUUUUAAAAAAUCAUGCAACUCAUACAGACCAGAGCUCAGGCAAGACACACAGCGAGCUGCCACUCAGUCUGGGCUGACCUGUUUAUGUUACUUUUCCUCAUGCACUAUUUUAUUCACUAUAGCUCUGCCUCCUAGCAGCCCAUCAGACACACCUUGCCUGCACAGGCAGAGCAGCAGGGCUGCAGAGCUGUUGAGGAUUGCAGGCAGCAAAGGUGAGCACCUGGGGAGAGCAGAGUUGGUUUUGUUGCAUAAUCCCCUUUUCAGACAAUUUUGCAGAACUCUUUCUUCUGAGAUGGGUGCAGUAAAGAGGGGUUUGCUGAUCUGGCUGAUUGACUGGGGUCAGAGCAUAGCCCAAAGAGGGUUCCUGGCAGACAGCACCCAGCUGGGCCAGGCGGCUUUCCCUGCUCAAACCAGAGCCCGGAGGUGUUUGUCAGCAGUCAGCCAUACCUUGUGGGAAGAUGUUCUGUUUCAUGGUAACUGCCUGGGUGUGUGUGCAGGCUUCGGUCCCCCGUAAAUCCCCACAUUAAUACAAGUCUGGAAAAUAUUUUAUUUCAAAUUUCAACCUUUAUUUUUUCAAUACGAAGCAACCUAAAUAAAAGGCUAACAAAAUAUAAACAACUUGAAUAAUUUCUGCAAUGAAACAUUCUUGUUUCAGAUAAAAGAAAAAUCACUUCGGCGUGACCCUAACCGCCCUCAGUCAGUUUGGGGGCGGGGGGAG